AUGAGGGGGGUGGGGGGUGGGGUUUCGUUCCGAGGGGGGGCGGGGGGAGGGGUGAGUGAGGGGUGGGGGUGGUGGGAACGGGCGGUGAAGGGAGGGGGAGGGGAGAGAGGGGGAGGGGUGGGGCGGGGGGGGGGGCACGAUGGGGGGGGGGCGGAGUGGGGGGUGGGCGGCGAAGGUGACGCGGGGCUGGUGGAGGGGAAAUUGAUAAAGGGGGGAGGGCGGUGGCAGGGGGUGGUCGCCAGGGGCACUGGAGUAAAGGGUGGGGGGGUGGUGGGAGGGGGGGGGGGGGGGGGGGCCGGGGGGGGGAGGAGGAACGGUGUCGUAGGGGGGGCCAGGCGGAGGAGGGGGGGGUGCGGAGUGGGGGGAGGGUUUGGGGGCGGGGGGAGGGGGCAGGCGCGCCGGUAG